AUGAAGGAGUUCAAAUUCUAUGCUAGUGAGGAGGAGCCACUGGAGUUUCCUGAGCUUGGCGUCCCCAUGUGCUCAUUGGUUAACCAGCAUCUUAGCCUCUUAGCAAGAAAGUUCCCAGAAACUAAAUUUCUUAAAGCCAUCGUGAAUAGCUGUAUUGAACACUACCAUGACAACUGUUUACCAACAAUUUUUGUUUAUAAAAAUGGUCAGAUAGAAGGCAAAUUCAUUGGAAUUAUAGAAUGUGGAGGGAUAAAUCUCAAGCUAGAAGAACUUGAAUGGAAACUAUCAGAAGUUGGUGCAAUACAGACUGACUUGGAAGAAAACCCCAAAAAAGGCAUUGCAGAUAUGAUGGUGUCUUCAAUUAGAAACAUUUCCAUUUAUGACAGUGAUAGCUCCAACAGUGAUAAUGAUGCCAAGUAGAACUAGUUAAUAAAUAGCUUCAACGUA